GCUUACGAAGAUGUUACUCGCUCUAUGGUGGAAGCCUAUCGCGAGGACUGGUUUAUGUCUGAGAUCAUACGCAGACUCGAGGCGAAGGACAAAGUGACUUCUGCCGAGUUUGAGUUGGUCAACGGACUUUUGUUCCUUGAGAAGGCAGGGAAUAAACGUCUGCGUGUGCCAGAUAGGGAGUCUUUGCGUAGUUUAUUUUUAGGCGAGUGUCAUGAUGCCACCGAACAUUUUGGCUUCAAGAAGACUGCAGCCAAUCUGCUGCAACGGUUCUGGCGGCCCACGAUGAUGAGAGAUGCCAAGCUGUACGUGGAGACUUGUCAGGUCUGUCAGAGAGACAAGCCCCAUACACAAGCCCCUCUUGGGCUCCUCAAGCCCCUUUCGAUUCCGAAAAGGCCCGAUGAGAGCCUGUCUAUGGACUUCAUGGACACGCUGGUCACCAGCAAGAGUGGAAUGAGACACAUCUUUGUUAUCGUGGAUAGGUUUACUGCAGAACAGGGGAAACAGCUGCAGAUGACUUCUGGGAACCAUCCCGAGGCCAAUGGCCAAGCAAAGCAGCCUAACCGCGCUGUACAACACCUGUUGCGGCAUUACAUCAAGCCCAAUCAGGUGGACUGGGAUGAGAAACAUGCUCUCAUCACCAGCCUGUAUAACAAUGCUGUGCACAGCGCAACUGGAGUAAGUCCUAAUAGUCUGCUACUGACUUUCAAGCCCAGACUGCCCCUAGACUUUCUGCCACCUGACAAUCAGUCAACUGCUGCACCCGGCACCCUUGAGUUUGCCUAUCACUAUGAACAACUGAUGCAGCAGGCAGUAGAACAGAUGCACAAGGCACAGGCGGCAAUGAUAGAAUCUGAGAACAAACACCGCCGCCCUUCUACAUUUCACAAAGGGGACAGAGUCUGGGUAAAAUCCUCAGAACUGGGACAGGAGCACGGGAUCUCCCGUAAGCUCAUGCCACAAUACUUUGGACCAUGGGAAGUUCUAAAUGUUGUUGGGGAAGAUCCGGAUGGGCCAUCCUAUGUUAUUCGAAUCCCUGGUCAUCUCCGCACUUAUCCUGUCUUUCACGCCUCCAAGCUUGCACCAUUCAAGGAAACUGACCAGUUUCCCUCUCGUCACUCUAUGCUGCCCCCACCAAGGGAUGGAGAGGUCGACAUCGACGACAUUGUUGAUCACAGGGAGAUGCCAGUUCCAAGACCGACAGGCAGAGGACGUCCUCCGAAACCGAAGCUGCAGUACCGGGUUCGGUUCAGACAUCACACUGAUCCAAAGGAGGAUAGAUGGUUCACACGGGAGGAGCUGAUGCAGACCGCUCCACAGGUUGUCGCUCUCUACGAGAAGUCUCUGCAGAAAGGAAAACGCCAGAUUAUCGAAGAUUGAACUUCUCAGAGGACUGUCGAAGUAUGGAGGAGGGAAUGCGAGGCAUAGGGCCUCGAUAUGCCCUACAGGGCCCAAUUUGCACACAGUCGGCCGCCCUAAGUGAAGGCAGGCACGACCGAGGCCCUACAGGGCAUUUCAGGGUCACCCCGCAACUGGGGAAAUUCAAGCAGUUGCGCAGCGCCAGUCGGUUGGAAGCACCCAGGACCAGGCUGCCUUUCAUUGCAUGUAACUAAGGCAGGCCCUGGGCCGGAUACACAAAGUGGACCGAACAAAGGCUGAGGGCAGUU